GGGCCACCGAUAAAUUGGCAGAGCCACUGGAAGGGUUGGGAGAGGACUCGUGAGAGUCUCAAUGAGGAACAAGAUACAAUAGAGAAAGUGGCAAAAAGCCUAUGCUGGAAAAAAUUGGUGCAAAAGGGUGACCUUGCCAUAUGGCAGAAGCCCACCAAUCAUAUACAUUGCAAAAUAACAAGAAAAGUCUUCAAGAAUAGACCCUUUUGUAUGGCAAAGGAUCCAGACACAGCAUGGUACACCAAAAUGGAGACCUGCUUGACACCACUGCCAGAGGUGAAUGACGUCAGUGAAGUUAGUGGUGGCAAAUUAUCAAAUUGGCCCGAGAGAUUAACAGCAGUGCCACCAAGGAUUAGUAGUGGAAGCUUGAAGGGAAUUACGGCUGACAUGUUUAAAGAAAACACAGAGUUAUGGAAGAAGAGAGUAGCAUACUACAAGAGCUUGGACUAUCAGCUAGCAGAGCGUGGUAGAUACCGUAAUCUGCUUGAUAUGAAUGCUUUCUUGGGAGGCUUUGCAGCUGCACUGAUUGAUGAUCCUCUGUGGGUCAUGAACACUGUCCCUGUUGAGGCCGAGUUCAACACCCUUGGUGUCAUAUAUGAACGUGGAUUGAUUGGAACCUACCAAAACUGGUGUGAAGCAAUGUCCACAUACCCAAGAACUUACGACUUCAUACACGGUGACUCAGUUUUCAGCCUAUACCAAAACAGGUGUAAAAUGGAGGACAUUCUUCUUGAGAUGGAUAGAAUUUUGCGGCCACAGGGCAGUGUGAUCCUGCGUGAUGACGUGGAUGUGUUGUUGAAGGUGAAGAAAUUUGCAGAUGCAAUGGAAUGGGAUUCCAGAAUCGCAGACCAUGAAAAGGGGCCUCACCAGAGAGAAAAGAUAUUCUUUGCUGUUAAGAAAUACUGGACUGCUCCACCCCCAGAACAAAAAUCAACAUAGAAAACUCUAAAUUCGUCUUCUUUCUGGCUCAUCAUAUGUGUAAUUUUUUAUUUCGUGUUCACAAUUUUUUUCAGAAUUCUAUUCUUUUCCAACCCCCGCUUCUAUGGGUGGUGUGCAAAGUGAAUUUUUUUCUUUACACCAAUUAUGGUUUCUUAAGUUUUUCACUUUUUGGUAACUUAUCUAUCCUGUACUCCAUAUCUAUCAAUCAAAUGAGUGUGCAAAGGAACCGAUUAUAAUGUUUUUACCA